UUUGCUUUAUGGCGAUGGAGAUUUUGGGGAUUAACGUUUCGCUAUCAAGCUCUGUAACAAUUGUGAUAACAGUAGUUAUACUUUCUUUGUCAACUGUUUACACGUUCAGAAACAUUCUCCGGAUAUGGAGAAAAGGUCAACCGAAGCCAGUUACGACUGACGCGACACAAGAAGAUGAUGUCGCCUCUGCAGCAGCUCCGACAGAUUCUGUCGAAGAAAAUCCAGCGAAGCCAGCAGGUGUUGUGUCGGAAAUCGAUUCGGAAGAUAAUGGAGGGGUUAAUCUGGAUGACAUAGAUCCUGUAGAGUACUGUGAACAUAUUCAGAGUGAAGUGAAGAAGGCCAAACAACGAGUUACGACAAAGAAGAUUGUGGAGGAGCUGACACCAGAACAGGUAAAAGAAGAACUGGAGAUUCAGCAACAACAACUUCAAAACAUUUUCCAACUGAUGCAGACACAGAAUGAAAAGUUUGGAGUCAAUAGCCUCGACGAAGUCCAACAACAAAUGAAGUUAUACGCGUAAACAAUGAAGGUGGUGAUGUGUACAAGUCUGAAUGAAGUGGAAAAAAUUCAAAUAUUCCAGUUACACUUUGUUUAUCAAUGUUAUAGUUCUUGUGUUUUGUAUUUUCAACAUCAUGCCGUCCUUUAAUGUUAGUUAUUGUGAAAGCAAUAUGUAUAUCAUUGUAAAUACAUUUUUUUUCUUAGUUUUUGUCAAAUUGUUUAAAAAAACACAUUGUAUAUCCACAGCAUCAUAUGUUUACAUUAAUCAUGAGUUAUAAUGAAAGAGUGAAAAAAUGUAGGGGAGGAGGGCAUGCUCAUUAAAGAUACUUAAUUCAAAUGAAAUUUGUUUGGGCAUGCAAUUUGGUGACAAAAAAACAUUUCUAAAGUUACUCUGACAGAUCAAAUGAGAGGCACCAAUUUAAAGACUAAGGGUGCUUUCGUGUAAGCAGUUUAAACGGUUGGACUGGCUGAACCUGCAAGAAAAAUGCCAGGUACAGUUCAGGACGGAGGCUGGACUGCAGAAUAUUUGACAUGUGCAGUUUGAGGGGUCCAACAGUACCUCUGUGAAUCUAACUUGCUUAAUACCAUUAGUUUUCAGAAUUUCAGCAUAAAAUUUAGAGUCAGUACACUCAUAUAUUUUCAGGAGCAUUGUGCUUUGAAGUAUGAGUGAAAUGGAUGGUAUGUUCCUUUUAGUUGAUUGAUUUAUGCAUGGCAGUAACUUCUGAAACUUCAUAUUGAACUCCACAUAUAUCAGGUUCAACAUCUGGUACAAUGCAUUCGGUAUAGUAGAAUAAUUCCAGAUCACUUCAACCGUUUCAUCUGGGUUACACGAAUGCAGCCUAAGUACUACAUUGACAUCGGGGAAAUAAGCAACCUUUUAACAGGCUUUAAUUGCACAUGCCCAUUUUCUUUCCCAGAAAUAAAUGAAUGGUGUCGUUCACUAUUUAGGGGCAGGUAUACCAAUUAGAUUAAGUAUUGUAAAUAUAAAUCAGAAAAAAAUGCAUUUCAUCAAACCAUUAACAUCAUGACAUUAUUUUUUUUACUCAAUAUUAAAGGUUUGUUCACACUGACUUAACAAAUUAUUCAUACUGUAGUCAUUGUAUGUAGGUAAUACAUCCCAAGGCACUUUAAGAGGGUUUUAUAGGUUUGAAAACCAUAUAUGCCAGUCCAAAAAAGCUUUCAUAACUGUCAGGUUUUGCAUGAAAGUACCCAUUUUAAUGGCAGCAUUUUUCAUCACUAAAGUAAUACAUUUUGAAUCUCACAUACUUUAAACCUGCAUUUACCUUGACAGUGCUGCACACUUGAUCUUGUGUCCACUCACAGAAUCUGGAGUAGGUAGAAUAGGAAUUACUCCAAAAACCCAUUGCCUUUUUUAAAAAUUCAGCUUGUAUGUAAAUGAAUGAAAGAUAUUUAACAGUCAGUUUAUGCUUGUUUGAAUGCAAAUCAGAUGCAUCCACAUCUCUUAAAGCCUCACCUCCUCUGUAGCUGUGCAUUACAAAGGUGUUCCUGAAUAUCCAGAGUGAAGUUUUACCUAUUUAUUAUAAACAUUUAAUUACUCUGCACCUUGCAUCUCAUAACACUGGCACAAGCAAUAAGUGUGUAUUGACAGAUGAGGCUAAUCACUGUUCUGAUGCCAAUCAAAAUUAUGAUUGCGAACAUAUAAAAUGACUGCCAUUAAAUGAAAGUCUAUAUUUUAUUUAUCAAAUUGUAUUGGUCAUAAGUAUAAAUAACAUAUUUCAUUGUUUGCUUUUAAAACAAUAUAGUUCUAAAUAUAAAAAUACAGUAGUUGUACAUUUGUCAGAUUUCUUCAUACCGGAUUAAGAAAGGAAUCACCAGUGGUCACUACCCUGAGAAGUAAAGCGAAUUAAUAUUGAUGUACAUAAUUAGGUAAAUGGAAAUUGCAUUAGGUACCGGAAGGUGCAAUAGUGAAAAUACUCAUUUAUGUACCUUUAUCAUGUAUUAAGCAAUGAAAAAUAAAUGUGUUUUUUCAUACCUUUAUGCAGAUACAAUCUGACAACUUCUGCAUUUGUAUUACAAUUAUUAAUAUGUGCCUCAGAAACUGACGAAUUUAGUAUUUUAUUCUGUAGUAAUAGAUUUGUAUGACACAAAGUGUAUUUUUACUACCAUAUAGGUAUUCAGUCUUGUAGAAGUUGAUAUCUCUUAAAUAUUGUUGUUACUUUGUUUCUUAUAAAAUAAAUGGUAAAUCAAGUAACGAUGGCUCCAGUUGUCAGUCA